AUGAGCAGCAGCCGCCGCCGACCUGCAGCAGCUGCCGCCGCCGAGCCUGCAGCAGCAGCCGCCGCUCGACCUGCAGCAGCUGCCGCCGCCGAGCCUGCAGCAGCAGCCGCCGCUCGACCUGCAGCAGCUGCCGCCGCCGAGCUUGCAGCAGCAGCCGCCGCUCGACCUGCAGCAGCUGCAGCAGCCGAGCCUGCAGCAGCAGCCGCCGCCGACCCUGCAGCAGCAGCCGCCGCCGAGCCUACAGCAGCGGCCGCCGCCGAGCCUGCAGCAGCAGCCGCCGCUCGACCUGCAGCAGCUGCCGCCGCCGAGCUUGCAGCAGCAGCCGCCGCUCGACCUGCAGCAGCUGCAGCAGCCGAGCCUGCAGCAGCAGCCGCCGCCGACCCUGCAGCAGCAGCCGCCGCCGAGCCUACAGCAGCGGCCGCCGCCGACCCUGCAGCAGCAGCCGCCGCUCGACCUGCAGCAGCUGCCGCCGCCGAGCUUGCAGCAGCAGCCGCCGCUCGACCUGCAGCAGCUGCAGCAGCCGAGCCUGCAGCAGCAGCCGCCGCCGACCCUGCAGCAGCAGCCGCCGCCGAGCCUACAGCAGCGGCCGCCGCCGACCCUGCAGCAGCAGCCGCCGCUCGACCUGCAGCAGCUGCCGCCGCCGAGCCUGCAGCAGCAGCCGCCGCUCGACCUGCAGCAGCUGCCGCCGCCGAGCUUGCAGCAGCAGCCGCCGCUCGACCUGCAGCAGCUGCAGCAGCCGAGCCUGCAGCAGCAGCCGCCGCUCGACCUGCAGCAGCUGCCGCCGCCGCGCCUGCAGCUGCAGCCGCCACCGACCCUGCAGCAGCAGCCGCCGCCGAGCCUACAGCAGCGGCCGCCGCCGACCCUGCAGCAGCAGCCGCCGCUCGACCUGCAGCAGCUGCCGCCGCCGAGCCUACAGCAGCGGCCGCCGCCGACCCUGCAGCAGCUGCCGCGGAGCUCCCUGCUACGACCUGGCCCCGCCCCGCUGUUGCAGCGGCCACGCUGUCGCCACUGUCUUGCGCCCGCCGCACCAACCACUGGUGA